UUAUGAACCAAACAGGGCCUGAACCAUCUCACUCCAAUGAGCAUGUUCAUGGUGAUGAGAAUGCAGUUAAUACACAUUAUUACCAAGGUGUCCCACCCCUUGGCCAGCAGCAACCUACAACAUUCAUGGCACCUUCACAGUUGGAUGGUGAAUUUCUAUGGAUCUUAGAAGGAUCAGUUCAAGCAAACAUCCAUAGCCAGAUGCAAGUUCCCAUAUCCAUGGAUUGUGGCAGUGCCAUGGAGGCAUCAACCUCUGUCCAACACAACCUUCUAGCGCAACCAUUUGUGCCUAUUCAAUUCCAAGAAAGCAUGCCUGGGAUCCAUUACUCUGAGAAUCCACCUAACCAUGUCUCUGGACCAACGAUAUGGCAAGAUGAUCCCAUCACCGAACCGGAGCCUAGUGCUUAUCCUUAUCAUGGGCUGGAUCAUGGAAACCUUUAGCAAGCGGGCCCAUUCUGCAAUGCAGUUUAGGUCGUGUAACAUCAUGGUUUUGUGCCAUUAUAACUUAGGUGACAGGUUGUGAUAUAUGAUGUGCAGUAUCAGGCCUUGUAGACUGUAUGUUUGGACACAAAGUGCUUUGCCCCCAUUCUUUCUAUUUGAUGUUCUAAACGUUGUACAAUGAUGUUGCGUAGGAUCUGAGGGUGUGCUGCAACUUAGGCAAAACAUUUUGUUGUCUGCGUGCACCCACUGACGUUAAAUCGAUGUUUAUAUGUUUCAGAA